UUGAACCACCAGAUAUCGUCAAAAAUCACGAGUAUAGUUCUCAGUGCUUUGAUAAGCGUAAAUAGAGUAAACUGCUACUAAAUGACUGGAAUGCAAUGGAAAUUAUUUUGGGUAAAAAAAAAAGGAAACUUGGGCAGACAUCUAUAACAUGGCAAGUAUAUAUAAAAUGCUUGUGUGAACCUAAGUUUUUUUACCUCAGUAAAAAUAAACUAAGGUAUUCAAAUCUGUAAUUGGCCAACUUCAAAUAUUGCCAAUGUUUUUUAGAAAUAUAGCUUUUUUUUUUGUUGCAUUUUCCCAUAUAAGUUUUUUCCUGACAAAAAGGUCAUAAAACAUAGGAAACCCAUUAAAACAAAAUUUACAUUUGAAGUUUUUAAAAUGUCAAGUUCUGAAAGUAAAAUGCUGACUUAGAACACUUUUAUGAAUAAGCAUAUACUCCGGCAAUCUAAUGGUUGAAUAAAGAUUGAUUACACUACUUUUUUUUGUCUGUUACACUCAACCUGCCAUAAAAGUUAUGGACAUAUCUUUAUAUAAAAGCGCCAACGUACAAGAUCAGCAGAAAAAUUAAAUACUACUGUACUGUGUUUAUAUUAUAAUUUUUAUAUUUGAUAUUUCAUAGUACUGGUGCCUCGAUUUGAGAACCAGGUGGCCCUAUGAUGCAAAGUGGUGCAGGUCAGUUGCAGUUUACCUAUAUUGUCGAAUAAAAAUAUACUACAUAAAUAAAGAUAAUAAAACAAAGCUCUGUUUUAACUGUACGUGUUAUUUUACAGUAAAAGUGAUUACUACAGACACUAAACUAAAAUUGACCAUCUCAGUUGUGUGGGCUUGCAUCUCUGUUUCCUAAACAAGUAGAGGAAAGUUUAUAGUUAAAUAAGUACGCAUGCAAAAUGUAAUAAGAUGCAAAAACUAAAACAAAUAAAUUGUGCUUAUGUUUGAGACUUUUCUGGUGUAUUUGUUAUAAAAUACCUUUAUUAUUUUGGUGGUAGUUUGCAAUUUUGUAGAACUGCAGUGCAUUAGCCACAACAACUCGGCUGGCUCAUUCAGCAACAAUAAUGGUGAAACGCUUGUUUUUAUUGCAAAUAUCUAUUGUACCUGGAUAACCUGCCAUUGAUGCCAGUUUAGACAGGUAUGUUGCUGUGAACCUGCAGGUCACAGUUUCCACCAGUGCAUGGCAUCAUGUAGUGAAGACAACACCACUGCACAGAGAUGGGAGGAGUCCUCUAGAAGAGCAGUCUUCUUUGCCAACACUCUGAACCAACACUGCAGCUUUAAAUCUGGCAAGAGCAGAGUUUGGGACGACCUGUACAGACUACCAGUCCGUGGACGUCAUUUUCCUUGCAAGGCACGUAGCGGUUGUGACAUGAAUGUCAACUACAGAGGCCAGGGUUUGUAUCAUUGGCCGGCGUUGAAAAUGCUUUCGCUCGGACGUCAUACCUGGAGGUAACCCUGCUUUUCUGUGCUGCUGGCUCCUGGGCUACCUGGGGUGGUGAUGGUCUACUGGACCCCCCAGUGGGGGACGUGUGUCUGGCUUCAGACUCUUCUGGCCUCUGCCUUGGGCAUCUGUCCCUCAUUGGUCCCGAACCCAGUCAACUUCUCUGUGAUUUACACCAUGCCAUUCUUCCAAGCGCGGGGCCCCAUCCAGAAUAUCGUCAACAACUCGCUCUACCAGGAGGUGUAUGUAGCCUCUCAGAAUGUGAUCGAAGCCGUUAACAGAAGCUUGGAGAAGGCAUGGGUGCUUAACACUGGCCCGGUGGGAAGUCCGGAGUGUCAGGUUUGCGAUAAGUGCAAAAUUGACAAAGACCCCAACUUCCUGGAGGACACGAACAAUCAGGUGUUGCUGUUGGACACCCUCUUUAUGUAUUUGUAUUCCUGUGGAAGCUCCCAAUAUGGUGUGUGCUAUUUUCACCAACUCAACGCUACCGGAGAGCCGCCUUCUAUUUCAAAGUGUUUGUUCCGAGCUAAUUCCAACUCUGCGGCUUACUGUCCUGACUGCGUGGCCAGCCCUUUCGGUACCAAAGUCACCAUGGUGGAGGAGGGUCAGACGGUCUACUUCUUUGUUGCCACCACAGUCAAUGAAAGUGUGACUCAACGCUAUGGCAGGAAGUCUAUAUCAGUUCGCCGACCGCUGGCGACAGAGGAUGGCUUCUACAGUGAUGUUCGAGGCCUGACUGUCCUUCCUGGGCUGAGGGCCACAUACCAUAUUGAAUAUGUCUACAGCUUUUUCACACAGGAGUUUGUCUACUUCCUCUCAGUUCAAAGAGAAAGCCCGCAUCAGGAAUCAUCGCCCUUUCAAACCCGCCUCGGCCGUCUACCACGCAAUGAAUGGGAGAUGAAACGCUAUCGGGAAGUCAUCCUAGAGUGUCGAUUUGAACCUAAACGACGGCGGAGGAACGCAGCCAGCGAACCCUACAAGGAUGUGGUGUACAAUGUGGUUCAGGCAGCCCAUUUUGGCAAAGCAGGCAGGGAGCUAGCGGACGAGUUGGGAGCAGAGGAGGAGGACGACAUCCUCUAUGGCGUUUUUGCUGUCACUGACGACAAUGGAGGUACCGAGCAGGAUUCAGCCCUUUGCGCUUUUCCUAUGGACAACGUGAAUAAAGCCAUCGCCGUUGGAGUCGACGACUGCUGUAAAUCUGGACCAGAGCAACUCUCGAGAGGGCUCUGCCACUUCCAGCCCUGUGAGAGCUGUCCUCAUGAGGGCAUGGAGAACAACGCCACAUGCAGAGACCAUCCAACAAUGGUUUCCAAGCCUUACUACAGAGUGGACCUGUUCAACCGACAGAUGACAAAUGUUCUCCUCACCUCCCUGUUGGUCACCACAAUUGACAACAAGACUGUUGCCCACAUUGGCACCUCCACCGGUCGGUUGCUGCAGCUUGUGCUGACGAGAUCUAGCCCUAUUAUAUUUGCAAACUACUCUUUGGUGGAGAACCAAAGGAUUUCAUCUAUUGCUGCUGUUUACUCACCAGAGUAUCUCCUGUUUGUGGUUGAAGACAAGAUGAUUCAGGUCCCCCAGAGAGGACCAGGCUGUCAACACUUCCUGACCUGUGCCAUGUGCCUGACGGCCCCUAAAUUCAUGGGCUGCGGCUGGUGCUCCGGUGUCUGUUCAUGGGCGAGUGAGUGCUCCGAUCGUUGGAGGAAUGAGUCCUGCCCACCAAGGAUCACCGGGUUCUUUCCACGGACUGCUCCCCCUGAUGGUCAAACAGAGUUAACAGUGUGUGGAUGGGAGUUCCAGUCCCCUUUAAGACCGCCUAUUACCUCCAGAACCCACCAAGUCCGACUGGGACCGACAGUAUGCAUUGUGCUUCCAGUCAAGUCUAACAACACACACCUGGUUUGUAAGAUACGCUCCGGGACCACUGACCUGUCAAAAGCAGUCAACGUUUCAGUGGAAGUGCAUGAAGCCAAGUUAGAGGGACGCUACACUAUUGACGGGAAGGCAGAAAUGCCUGGCUUCACAUUUCUGAUUCCUAAUGUCACAGAAAUACAACCCAACUACGGCCCUCGCAUUGGUGGAACGUUGAUUACAGUAACUGGGGCGCACUUGGAUGCUGGAACCACAAGGAGAGUUACACUCAAUGACGUGCCAUGUCCAAUUAUCAGUGUGACAGAACCUAAAGGCAACAUGUCGUCCAUUAUCUGUCUGUCGCAGCCUAUUUCAGAGGUGAGGGACGUCCCUUUGGGCGUUUUCAUCGACAAAUCUCCUAUUGUCACCACAAAAGUAUUUUACUACAAAGAAAAUCCGAAGAUUACAGCCGUCCUGCCUGACUGCAGCUUCGACAGGGGGUCAAAAAUUGUGGUUGAAGGAGAGAACCUGGAUUCAGUUUAUCGCACCACCAUCCGCUUCAAACCUAAUGAGAGCCACCUUAAACCUGUGACAAGGGAGUGCAUCAGCAAGGCGUCGUCCACGAGGAUGGAAUGUGUUACUCCUGUAUUUCUGCGGGAUGAGACAGAAGAGGGAUUUCUUUCUUUUAACAUGGAUGGUGCAGUGGGACUUUGGAACAAAGAGUUUUCUUACCACCCCUACGGCCGGCCAAUACCGUUUGAAACAGAGGGACACGAGCUGCAUCUGUACCCUGGUUUUGAUGAAGUUUCGCUACACCAUCAGAAACUGAACCUCGUGAGCUCCUGUAUGACCAUCAUCAUGACAGUGGCAGGCGUUGAUUGUGACGCUAAAGUACUGGAUAAUGAAAUCACCUGCAGGAUACCCAAAAACAUAACAAUCCCCAGUGAGGGUCUGCCGGUAAAGAUCUCCAUUAACGGACAAGUCCACAAUGUGGGCACAGUCAUCCGGGUCAACAACCACUCCAUGCUUGGGAUAACGUUGGGGAUCCUAACGGCUCUGGUUGCCGGUGCGGUGCUGGCCUUUGCUGUCAUGAAGCACUUGAGGAAGAAAAAGAAAGCCUCCAUGGUGGAGACCCGUUUGAGUCACAGUUCUGGGACAAACAAUGUGGAGAUGUCACCCAUUGGAGACUACAGGAGAGCAGCAUCCCUGAGUCCUCCAACUCCCAGGGCUGGCUCCGUGUCCAUUCCGAGUCGGGCCUAUGCUGCAGGCGGUGUAGACGUUACCUUCACUCCUCUGAUGGCUGCAGAGAAAAUCUCCAUUUCCAGUUUCAGGCCAGAGCUUCUGGAGGAGGUGAAGGAUGUUCUUAUUCCUGCAGAAAUGCUUAUUGUGCAGCACCAUCGGAUAAUUGGGAAGGGUCAUUUUGGAACAGUCUAUCACGGCUACUUCACAGACCCUAACAGCAGGGAAAUACACUGCGCUGUCAAGUCUUUGAAUAGAAUAACUGAUGUUGAAGAGGUAGAGCAGUUUCUAAAAGAAGGUAUCAUAAUGAAGGGUUUCCAUCACACCAAUGUGCUAUCUCUGCUGGGCAUCCUUCUGCCUCAAGAAGGUCUCCCUCUGGUGGUUCUGCCCUACAUGAAACACGGGGACCUGCGCCAUUUCAUACGCUGCGAGAAGAGGAACCCCACUGUAAAGGAUCUGAUCGGCUUCGGACUGCAGGUUGCCAAGGGGAUGGAGUAUUUGGCUCAGAAGAAAUUUGUCCACAGAGACCUUGCAGCACGUAACUGCAUGCUGGAUGAGUCAUAUACAGUCAAGGUGGCAGACUUUGGCAUGGCCAGAGAUGUUUUUGAUAAAGAGUAUUACAGUAUUCAAGACCACAGAAAGGCUAAACUUCCUGUCAAAUGGAUGGCGAUAGAAAGUCUGCGGACACAGAAGUUUACUUCUAAAUCGGAUGUGUGGUCCUUUGGUGUGCUGAUGUGGGAGAUGCUGACCAGAGGAGCAAGUCCUUACCCAGAGGUGGACCCAUAUGACAUAACACACUACUUAUUGAAGGGCAGAAGGCUCCCCCAGCCUCAGUACUGCUCUGACCCUUUGUAUAGCAUCAUGCUCCAGUGCUGGGACCCCGAUCCAGAGCUGCGGCCUAACUUUGCCACGCUGGUGUCGGCCGUGACCACCAUUCUGUCGGGCCUGGAGGGAGAGCACUACAUCAGUCUGAAUGUCACGUAUGUAAACAUGGACCAGCCGCGCCCCUACCCAGCUCUUACCGAAUCUGCUGAUGAAUACGACUCGACUGAUGUCGAAGACUCGGGCUCAGUCUCGUCCUGAUCGAACUAACUUGCAUCAGGGCAACACGCCUAAGGCCGUCUGAAGCGUCCACAGCACACCCAAGCACGUGCGGUGAAAAGGUGUCACCUGAGAGCUGAUGUGAGCCUUCAAACUGAACUUUAAAACGGUAGCAAAUCAUGUCUACAAUUAUAUUUAUGUUUAUUUCUAACAUGUUGUCCUCAUGCCAAGCUAGUUGUGAUGUCUCAUGUUUCAAUGUUAUAAGCCACAUUAUUCAUUGUUUUGUAGACAUACCAAAUGCAUCAUGGACUUACCACAACAUUUGGUGCAUCUCAUCUUAAUGUUCUGCCGUUUUAAUAUUGCUUGGUUACAAUAUUUUUGUUGUCAUACCUCAACUUACAAGCCUUAUUGGUUCUGUGACAGCGCGCUUAAGCACAUUAUUUUGUAUUGAUUUAAUAGAAAAAAACAAUACAAUAGAAUGUACUGCAAACAACUAUAGUAGUUUUAUGAAGCACUAUAAUAAUGUACAGCAAACAACUAUAAUAGUUUUUUGAAGCACUAUAAUAAUGUACAACAAACAACUAUAAUAGUUUUAUGAAGUAAUAUAAUAAUGUACAGCAUUUACCUUGGAGAGUACUCUCCUUCCAGCGGAUUUUCCGUCAAAUACACCAUCAGCACUUUGUCCAUAUUUUCAUGGAUAAAUGUCUGCCGUUUAGAUAUUAUUCUAAAGGCCUACUGAAAGCCACUACUACCCACCACGCAGUCUGAUAGUUUAUAUAUCAAUGAGGAAAUAUUAACAUUGCAACACAUGCCAAUACGACCAAGUGCAAUUUUAAAUUUCGCGCAGAAAAAUCCUGCUAAAAACGUCUCGGUAUGAUGACGCCAGCGCGUGAUGUCACGGAUUGUAGAGGACAUUUUGUGCCAGCAUCUUGUCCAGCUAUUUAGUCGUCUGUUUUCAUCGCAAAAUUCCACAGUAUUCUGGACUUCUGUGUGGGUUAAUCUUUUGCAAUUUGUUCAAUGAACAAUUGAGACAUCAAAGAAGAAAGCUGUAGGUGAGAAGCGGUGUAUUGCGGCCGGCGUUAGCAACACAAACACAGCUGGUGUUUCAUUGUUUACAUUCCCGAAAGAUGACAGUCAAGCUUUACUAUGGAACAGAGAUGUCAAGCUAACACGGUUGGAUUGGACCACACACACAAAGUACAGUGUAUUACGCAGCGAUAAUUUUUACCAUUCUGUAUUCUGAAGGCGAUCUAUGUCGUGUGCUACUCCAGCAUCGAUAUCAGCAGCAUCCUCCUGACAGUCACUGUCAGCGUCGGGUUCAAAGCAGUAUGGCUCUACCCCUUGUUGCGGUUGGGCCUGGCCGAGUGGUCCUGCCACCCCCAAGGCUGCCACGGCGCCUCUCAAAGCACCUUCCCUAUCUGAAUCGCUCCCACUGCCCUUUAGUCUUUUAAAAAAAUAUAUUUUUCUAGUCCUUCACUCUCACUUUCCUCAUCCAUGAAUCUUUCAUCCUCGCUCAAAUUAAUGGGAAAAUCGUUGCUUUCUCGGUCGGAAUCGCUCUCGCCGCUGGUGGCUAUGAUUGUAAACAAAGUUCAGAUGUGAGGAGCUCCACAACCCGUGACGUCACGCACCAAAAGUUGCGAACUUUAUCGUCGAUGUUCUCUACUAAAUCCUUUCAGCAAAAAUAUGGCAAUAUCGCGAAAUGAUCAAGUAUGACACAUAGAAUGGACCUGCUAUCCCCGUUUAAAUAAGAAAAUCUCAUUUCAGUAGGCCUUUAAUAUUCCUGGCUGGCAUUAGACUCUGCAUUAUGCUUCAGUACGGUGCAGACUAGCACCGCCAAGUUGGCAACACGCAUAUUUGAUUAUUUCGUUAUUAAAUGUAAUGAAUAUCCUCUAUUUCGUCUCAGCAUGGUCCUUUACCAGGCAUUUACAAUGUCUGGGAAAACUCGAAAAUCUGCUUUUUUAAACAUUAAUUUCCGUGUUUUUUUAAUGAAAUAUCCCCCCCCCAAAAAACGAUCCAAACCAAAUUUGUUGAACACUGGCCUCAAAUGCAGAUACUCGCUCUUCCUCUUGUCUAAAUGCCGCAAAGGACAGGAAGACCAUCAGGAGCACUAACUUACCUUCGUUCGCACUCUACUUCGCUGCUAAUCAUACUUGGAUGAUUACAAGCCAAACACUGUUAGUAUUUAUUAGUAGCCGGCGAGAAGGUAUAUUUUUUAACGUGACGGAUGUAAACAGAGGUCACAACACCGGACGUAUAUUACCCCAGGGGGCGUGGCUACAGGAUAAAGUUGCCAAAUGGGAAACAUUUUUUGAGUUUGCUGCAUUAUGUUAUACAAUGUUUCAUUACAUUUCCAAUGAUAAUAAUGUGGGAAAUGAUCUCCUACAAAUAAAAAAAAAAACUUGUGCAUUCCAUUGGACAUUCAAGUGUCAAAAAGACAACCAAAAGAACUCGGUAGAUGAGAAUAAAUCUAAAGGUAAAAUAUAGUGUAGAGAUGGACCCAUUUGCAAGAAAUGGAGUCAUGAUUUUUCAAAACAUUCUUUUGGAACUCAGUGGCCUAGUGGUUAGAGUGUCCGGCCUGAGAUCGGUAGGUCGUGAGUUCAAAUCCCGGCCGAGUCAUACCAAAGACUAUAAAAAUGGGACCCAUUACCUCCCUGCUUGGCACUCAGCAUUAAGGGUUGGAAUUGGGGGUUAAAUCACCAUAAAUGAUUCCUGGGUGUGGCACUGCUGCUGCCCACUGCUCCCCUCACCUCCCAGGGGGUGAUAAUGGGUGAUGGGUCAAAUACGUGUGACAAUCAUUGGUACUUUAACUUUAUGCCGAUUUAAGUUUUUUUUUCCUUUUCCCCCUCAAAGGGUGCUCACAUGCCUGUUCACACUUGGACAAACAAAGUUAUGUUCAUUUAAAGCUAAAAGCUAAUGCCACCGAGUAAGACCGGAUUGUUUCGUUGAACUUAUGAGGUUCACUGAGACAUUUGCUUGCAACUCACUUGCAACUUAAAGCAUAGCAAUUAGCUGAAAACACUUGAGGUAUGCGUCCAGGGUGUACCCCACCUUACGCCCGAAUGAAGCUGGAAUAGGCUCCAGCGACCCCGAAAGGGACAAGCGGUAGAAUUUGGAUGGAUGGCACUUGAGGUAUGAUGCAAGAACAUUAAACUCCAAGCACAAUAUCAAACAUUGUUACAGACAGCACAAUAUUCAAUCUUAUUCAGGUGUAUCUUACAUUGUGGCCAUGAAGUGUUGAGUUAAAUUCCUCCCAGUUUGCAACAGUACCUCACAAACAGCACAUCAACAAACUCUUAAAUAUAAGCUGGUUUUGCUUUUCUACACUCGGAGACUUUAUGUCUUGAUUUGAAUUCUUCUGCAUGAAUUGUCGCGUGUACUUUGGAUCACAACUACAAUGUGUACCAUGUUGUUCCAAAAGCUAAAUCUAGUGCUGCUUGGAUUGACCAAAUGUCUUUGAGACAGUCUCAUAUAUUAAAAUAUUUAUUUGUUUAUAA